CAUCUCAUGAACCCGAAGAGGAAGUGGUACAAUAACUGGCGGCUAAUAUCCCUGCACGCCUGGAUCGUCCUCAUGCUCAUCACGUCGUCUAUGAAUGGCUUCGACGGCAGUCUCAUGAACAGCUUCCAGUCCCUGGACCAAUGGGAAAAUUAUUUCCACAAACCCGAAGGCGGCAAGCUGGGUCUCCUAAAUGCUAUUCAGAACAUCGGCUCCCUCGCAGCCUAUCCGUUCGCACCGUACCUCUCCGACGGGCUCGGCCGGAGAGGAGCCAUCUGGAUUGGUGCCGUCAUCAUGCUCGUCGGCGUGGGCGUGCAGGCGGGUGCCUACAGCUUGGGCAUGUUCAUCGGCGCAAGAUUCUGCAUUGGAUUUGGUCUGACGUUCGCAGCAAAUGCAUCGCCUAUGCUGGUAACGGAGAUCGCCUACCCACGAUACCGUCCACAGCUCACGUCCCUCUACAACUCCCUUUGGUAUUCCGGCAACAUAGUAGCAUCAUGGACGACGUACGGCACUCAGCACAUCGCCACCACCUGGUCGUGGCGUAUCCCCUCCAUUAUGCAGGGCAUCCCCUCCGCAUUCCAGUUCGCCCUUAUUCUCUUUGCGCCCGAGAGCCCCCGUUGGCUCGUCUCGAAGGGCCGCGAGGCACAGGCACUCAAGACGCUCGCGUACUACCACGCAGAUGGCGAUGAGCAGGACCCGCUUGUGCAGUACGAGUUUGAGGAGAUUAAGGCGUCCAUCAAGCUUGACCGCGAAUCGAAGCGCAACGUCGGCUGGAAAUCACUGGUCUCGACGAAGGGCAACCGCCGCCGCAUGCUCAUCAUUGUCGCCAUCGCGUGGUUCUCGCAGUGGUCUGGCAACGGGCUCGUCUCGUACUACCUCAACAAGGUCUUCGACACCAUCGGCAUCACAAGCUCGACCAUCCAGCUGCUCAUCACCGGUAUCCUCGCCAUCUGGAACCUGUUCUGGGCGGUCUUGGCCUCGUUCCUGGUUGAGCGCCUCGGCCGGCGGUUCCUCUUCCUGACCUCGGCCGCGGGCAUGCUUCUAUUUUUCACGCUGCAGACGAUUUGCUCGGCGCGGUAUGCCAUCACGCAGAGCCAGGGCGCGGCACACGCUGUCAUUGCGUUCAUUUUCCUCUUCUACGCUGCAUACGACCUGGCGUUCACGCCGCUCAUCGUGUCGUACACGGUCGAGAUCCUGCCGUUCUCGCUGCGCGCCAAGGGCUUCAACGUGUUCAACUUCACGAUCUCCGUCGCGCUCAUCUUCAACCAGUACGUGAACCCGAUCGCGCUGGAGAACAUCGGCUGGAAGUACUACAUCGUGUAUAUCUGCUGGAUCGCGUUCGAGCUCGGGUUCUUGUACUUCAUGAUCGUCGAGACGCGGAACCUGACGCUGGAGGAGAUCUCGGCCAUGUUCGACGGCACGGACCUCAAGGAGAAGAUCCAGCAUGCUGUCCCGGCGGCGGCGGAGGUCCGCACGGACGACCUCGUCGACGAAAAGGCGUCAGCGUAAGCUGCGUCCCGAGUAGGUAGAUAGACGAUGUGUACGAUACGUGCUGCGUCUAGGGGGUGGGAGCGGUUACAUUUUUUCUUCGGCUUGCCAAUCGGUGCUCGGUUGUUUGUUCGUUUGGUUUUGACGAUGCCACGGGUAUGAUAUUCGGUUGCGGCCUUGUUUUUUGGACAGGCGCCCUCCGAAGGGGCUGUAUUACUAUUUCUGCAUAUACCACGACUCACGACUAUGAUACAAUUUACUUAUAGGUUCACGACUUACACGUUACAACUCAUAUAUUCCUGUACGCUACGAGAAUGACAAUUUCGACUUGCCCGUCUUG